AUUACCUAACUUCAGUAUAUAUAACCAAACAGAAAAAUUACAGCCGAAUUCUAUCAACACGGCAGUUAUCAUUUUCUUGUAAAAAGUUGUGAAACACUUGAUAGCUUAUUAAGAAACACUUAAACUGUUGAGUGCAGGGAGAGAAGCUCCAAGACACUGCAGUGACCUUCAGGUGAAUGAGCUGAAACAAAACUAUUGAGCAUCAUCAAACUAAUACUCUUGAAGUGAAUGGUUUCCGUAGUGUGGAUUUUGGACUCUAUAUCAAUGUGAUAACUUCCACGGAAAAUCCUUAGUAUAAUUUCUUUCCAACUUGGCACCCUAAUUCUGGGUCAGAAUAGAUCAGACAGUAUUAUUCCUACUGCUCUGGUGACCAGUGUGUGUUGACUGGUGGUGACUGAUAUCUGGUGGUGCUAUUGGGUGGCGACAGCAUUCAGCUUUAUUUGCUGACACCCCUGCCUUUGAUGUAUUGGUUGGAUCCUCCCCUCUGUGGACAGUCAGUCUGACAGGGAAUUCUACAUCCCCAGAAGAUGAAAGGACUCCCUGAUACAUGAGUGGAAUUAAUUAGACAAUCAAUCUGCAGUCACUGAGCUGUGUCCGAAACCCCUGGGUAUAAAGUUUGAAGGCAGAUGGCAUAGGACAACAUUUAGGAUUACAAUCUGACCAGGUAGCAUCAUCUAAGAAGGACUUCAAUUUAUUUCCAGGUAGAGAGAUUUUAAGUGACUUGAGAAUCUACAAAAAAUGGCUUCCAAUUUCAUCAUUGCCACCACAGUUUUCAUCAUCAGCUUACUGGAUCUUGUUACAGGUGAAAUCAGUUCAGCUAGUGCCUGUUUCUCCAGAGCAAGCAAAAUCGACAUUCAAUGUGCUCCACGGACGAUGCUGCGAAUCCACAAAGUCUUUUUUGGUUACAAUGCAAUGAAUAGGUGCUCCUACACCCCGGGGGACUGUAUCUACACCGAACAUGAAAACUACCCCUGUGUGGGGAGGGAGACAUGCAGCAUCAACCUACCCAGCGGCGGAUUCGGUCGCAAGAUUCCAUCUUGUCAACAAGAGAGUACCUACUUCCAAGUGGACUACGAAUGUGUGCCAGCCUACAUGACGAAAAGUAUCUGCAAUGUGGAGGACCUGAAGGACCAGUCAGGGUAUUUAGCAAGCCCUGGUUACCCCAACAACUACCCUGCUAAUCUGGACUGCUCAGCCAGAAUUUACGUCAAACCCUCCCAAACCAUCAAACUGUUUGUCAUCGAUAUGGACCUGGAGACAAACGGUUCUGUGCAGUGUGUGGACUAUCUCUAUGCCCGGGACAAGUCACGUAGUGUCACCCUGUGUGCCCGUCGGGCUAAUGAGCCCAUAUCCAUCAUGUGGGAUGAACUCUUCAUACAGCUGAUGUCGAAUGGGAUCGAAAACCACAAAGGAUUCUGGUUGUAUUAUGAAGCUGAUCCACCACUUCUUACUACCACCACCCCAUCUAUACAGCGAACAACGAUGGGAGAAGUCCAGGAGGAGAAAAUUGCCCCACUGACCAACACAAAUACUGUGAAAAUGGAGACUGAGGAAAACAAACUACCAUUUGUGGCCAUUAUUGGUGGAGUAAUUGGGACGCUUAGUGUCAUUUUGUUUGUCCUGCUAAUCCUGCUGGGUCUCAAGUGGUGGAAGGAAAGACGGAGACGAAUGGACAAAAAUAGAUUCAUCGAGGUCCAGAAUCCUGCCUACCGAAAUAGCACAGAAUUCCGCAAUAGUAACCUGCCACCUAGUGACAAUUUCUAUAAUUACAUUGACUGCUAAGGGUGUCAGCUUGAGCAGUUCGUGGACUGAGGACUAAACAAUCAAAAUUUGCUGUAAUUAAGCUGCCUCUAAAGUGCCCUGAAGCAAGCAUUCACAGUCCAGUGACAAAAAGCAAGAGAGAUUUGUAAUCUGUAUUUGUCGAACUAACUGGCGCAAAAUGUCUCUGGGAGCUGAUGAAGCAAAAAAUUGGUGUUUGCUUAGCAAACAGUUUGUAUGACAAAUUCUAAUCCACUGAAUAGAGACAAUAUUCACAUCCCGCGGAGUUGGCGUUUUUUUCGUGGAUGAGGUUUGCAAGCUUUAUAGACCCAUUGUGAGCAGAUAGUGACUGCAUCUUACUUUCAUGUUUAAACUUUAUCUGUGAUAAAAAGAUAAUAAUGGCAAACACACCUAGGAACUAAUGGUGCAAUAUUAGGUGUGAACCUUUGAAAAGAAAAGCAUUGUGCAAUAUAUUUUUACAUCAUGUAUAGUAUAUUUUUAUCAUUGUACAUUUACACUUUUCCACUCUACUUACACACUCUAAAUUAAAAUCAAUCUAACCAUACCAAACUCUGAACAUUGACAACAGAACACAAAUAUUUUAUGACAAGGCAUCAAUGAGAUACAUCAUAUUUGGUGGAUAAAUAGAUUCGGCUGAAUCCCGGAUGACUCAACCUCAGUUUAAAUAGUUUUAAAAAGUGAUUGUUUUGAAUUUGACAGAGAAAUCAAUAUCAUUGCACUGAUAAGACACAAGGGCUCUUGUAUCCUGCGAUUAAACACAAAGAUUGCAUGACAAAGCUGCAAAUUCAGGUGCCUUUACAUCAUUCAAUUAAUGAGCUUUCCUGCCUUGGGCCUUUUUAUUCAUUAGGGGGGACAAUAAUUCUAAGCCGAUUCACAACAUGACACUCGCACACAAAAAAAUACAGCUUCAAGCAAACAUUUUUGUAUAAAGCCAUUUUCAUUGAACACUUUUAUCAUCUCAUGCACAACAUAUAGUCCCCAUGAAUCUUACACACCAUCAUAUUUCAUCAUCAUUCAAGUAACUGUAGCAUGAUAAUGACCAUUGUUGUGUAUUGUUGACUGAUUUGACCUAAUUGUGACAGUAUUUGAAGAAUUAAUGUGUUUUGUUUGUAAAUAAUUCAUUGCUAUUAAUUUAUCUUUAUUUAUUUGUAAAUUAGUUGUGCCCAGAGCAAGCAUCUUUAAAUGGGAUGUAGGGUUAAGGAAUAUUAUCCUCGAUGUUUCAAUGACUUCCCAUUGAGAUUUAUCUUCAUUUAGUAAAUCAUUUGUGCCUGGUCAAGCUUCUUUAAACUCCUAAUUCAAACAUUUUUUCAUUCGCAAGUUUUUCUUCAUAAUAUUCUUUUGUUAAAUCCCAGUUAUCUCCCAUUGUAAGGUGCAUUCUUUUGUUAAAUCCUAAUUAUCUCCCAUUGUAAGGUGUAUUCUUUUGUUAAAUCCCAAUUAUCUCCCAUUGUAAGAUGCUUGCUAGAGGUUGAACUGUGAUAUGUCAUUAUAACUUAUGUAAAUUAUUUCUAGUCAAAAUCACAUUUAUUGAUAUGUGAAAUACUGGUAUAAUAUUUCCAUAUUUAUGUGCAACUUCCUUCUGCAAACAAUUAUGAUUUUUGUAAAUUAUUUUGCUUUCAUUUUCAACUUAAAUUUCAUCAUCUUAAAAUAAAUAACUUUUCAGACAUGAAUUCAAACUUCAACAGUUAAAAAAAGAUCUCAAAAUUAUCAGUAUUAAUAUCAAUUUGUUUAAUAAAAAGCUUGUUAAUCAUGGAAUUCACUUAACAUUUUGUUGUCAUAGAUUUUAGUAUAUAUUUAUUCAAUCUUUUCAAAACAUGUAUUUGAGAUUUUUUGAACACAUGUUUUAUAAUUCCAUCCAACACGGACAGAGAAAUCCUCUAGCUAGUUUCUGCACUAUUUUUAGUAAUUACAUGUCCCAAGCCUUGUAGCUUCUGUAAUAUGGAGCUAUGAUGAUUGGGAAAUAGCACCACAUAUCUUUAUGAUUUCCAUGCAUCAUGCUCUAUGUAUGAAUUUGUUCCCACUGGAAAACACGGACAUGAAAUCCACAUUCAUUCCACGAUGUGUAGGCAUGAGAAAUGUUUUUUAUAUUGUAUAUAUUUUCUGUGCUAUGGCACUGGGGUAAAUGCAAUCUACAUGUUACGCUCAUGAUUAGCUAUUAUUCAUUGCAUAAUUUGUUGGUAAAAAUUUGAAUUGCUGGCAAUUUUCCAAAAUAUGUAAAUUCUUUGAAUAAAAACAAAAUAAAUAUGAAAUGAAA